AUGGCGGCCCCUGUUGCCAACUCAGGCCCCGGCCCGGCUCCCGCGGCCGGCUCUGGCGUGGGGCGGCUGCAGGAGGAGGCGCUGCGGCGGAGGGAGCGGCUCAAGGCCUUGCGGAGCCGGACGGGGGCGCAAAAGAAUAAGGACAAUGGUGAACAUGAGAAUAAGCAGUUUAGAGAAGACGACGAAGAGGAUGCCACCAAACACAAAGAGCUCAAGCUGCAAAAUUAUGUUCCUGAGGAUGAAGAUCUCAAGAAAAGGAAGGUGCCUCAGGCCAAGCCAGCCUCAGUGGAAGAUAAGGUGAAAGACCAACUAGAAGCCACGAAGCCAGAGCCUAUCAUUGAAGAAGUGGAUUUGGCAAACCUCACCCCCAGAAAGCCAGACUGGGAUUUAAAGCGAGACGUAGCCAAGAAACUGGAAAAACUGGAGAAGAGAACGCAAAGGGCAAUUGCUGAAUUGAUAAGAGAGCGAUUGAGAGGCCAGGAGGAAGAACUGGCAUCAGCUGUUGGAUCAGCGAAGCAGGAAGGAAGUGAUUCUGAUUAAGGAGCUGAGCACAUGGCAGAACUGUGUAAUAUACAAGAGGGGCUGGUGAGCUGUCGUCACUUAAACAGAUGGGGGGUGGAGCCUCCCGUUGCAUGGAGGCUUUGCGGAGGGCAAGAAGAAACCAAUGACUGUACAAAAGAAUCCCGA